AUGCCUCGCUCACCAAUGUCGCCUAUUUCGACUGCAUUUACCACUUCCACCAAUUUAUCUCCGCCAUUCACCUACUCUACCACUCGACCACCCACUUCAUUCUCCGAGUUGUCAACCAGGAAUCGCAGCAAUAUAAAUUCAAGUUCUUCCAGGUCAAGAUCAAGGUCAAAAUCAUAUAGUACCACUAACGGUCGGAGUGGAAGUGGAUAUACCAGAUCUCCAUAUGCACCACCAGAAACACCUCUACCUCCUAUUCCCACACCGUCAGCCGCGAAGAAUCCAUUUGACGAUGAUUCUGAGACUGCCAGUGAACUAUAUCAUAGAUCGGAUUGGUUAUCCACUGCAGGUGGUGGAGGUGCAGAUGAUGAAUCGAUAAGGUCAAGAUUCCCGAGGUCAAGGCAAUAUUCGAGAACGUCUUAUAAACCUUCUUCAAGACCUCUGAAUUCGCUUCCUCCAGAUACACCCCUCAAAUAUGGUUCAGAAGGAUUGACAAGUCCGAAUCCGAAUACCCAUCUUACACCUUGUCCGUAUACUGGCAAAACUACAGCAAAAGUGCAAUUUGCAGAUGAGCAGAGUCAUGUGAUUGAUUCGCCUGGUGAGAUCACCCCUACCCCUGGGUCGAACAAGCAUAAGAAUCGAUCUUUACCUGGCACUUCAUAUCCUUCCAUCGGACCUCUUGGAAACGAGAGAGAAGGACGGAAAGGAAAAAACAGUAGACAAUCGACAUUACCUUCCGUACUGAGUUUAUCGCAUCUUACGCCAUAUCAACCGACUGUAGCUAAUCCCGCGCCUCAGCUGCACAAAGAGGGAGUGGGAGCCAUAGGCGACUGGAAGACCUCUUCGCCUGAUAUACCAGGUUCUGAUGACUUCUUAUCGUCAAAACAAGUUAUCGAUCCUUUCUCACAUCGUAAUCUACAUCAUUCAGAGAAUGGUGAACCGGUCCAACAGGAGAUGCAUCAACGUGUACCAUACUCCAAAAGUGUUACUCCGGACAUACAUAAACAGCAAACUAGAUUGAUUGGUCCUAAAGAUCAGAAUAAAUUAGGUAGGAUGUCAGUCGCCCCUGCUAGAUAUACAUUACCACCUCUUAGGAAAUCAAGAUUGGAUACUGGAUCAUCCGAUCCAUCUACUUAUCCCGACUCCACUAACCCUCAUCCAAAAUCAAAAUCUACUAAGUCACCCUCGCUUUCAAGUAUCCGUCAACGUACCUCCAUCUCGAGUCAUCUUCAACACAGUCCCUUAGUGAAGUUCUAUAUGACCUAUCGACCAUUCAUCUCACCAAUCUUAUCCCUCAUUUGCGCACUGGUCCUAACAGUAACGCACUCUAUCAACUCUGAUUCUCCUAUUGGUAAUUUUCUCUUGGUCUAUAAAGAAGUAUUUGAUAUUUCACGUGCGGGGGGUACGGACGUGGCAUUAGGUGCAUGGGGUUGGUGUCAGAUUAAGACUGGUGGGCCGGAUCCUCAGUGUCAAGGUUAUAGUUUUAGGGAUUUUGGGAAUGAUAUUUUGACGUUCACGAUUCCUGGAAACUCAUCACUUGACAGUCUCUCUUCGUUACUCACAGCACUAACAGUUUUAACAUGGCUAUUGGCGUUCUAUCAAAUUGUCACUGGUUUUCUCCAUUUCUAUCUAUUCUUCGCACUCUCAAUCCCUUUCAAUCAUUUGGUAGAAUGUAAUCUCCCUCCUUGCCCUCCCAUUAACAAAAAUAAAGACAAGAGCAAGAAGAAGAAGAAGAACGAAAAAUCCACUGGCUUUGGUUCCAACAGUGGUAUGGAGAAAGAUCCGAUCGUAGCUGAGGUGGACCUCAGAGUGAAAUGCGAGAGAUUCCCUUAUGAGGGUUAUCUAUGGGUCUGGUGGGCUUGGUGGGGUCAUCGAAGGAGCCCCAUAGGUUGGGGAUUCGCGAAUAUCUUAGGUGUACUAGGGAUAGCUACGUUUGCGAUGACUUAUAAAUUCAAGAACGAUAUACUAAAUGCUACAGGAUCUGACUCGUCAAAAGUCAAAUUUGAUCACGGCGCGUACAUGCCACCUAUGACCGUAUUGUUCACCUUGGACACCUUCAUACUAUCUUUCAUAUAUUUCUGGAAUUUCAAACGAAAUUUCUAUAUCUUACUCAAUCCACCGUCUCCUUCCCCUCGGGUACUUCUCCUCCCAGCUUCUGAAAAUACAGUAUUACAACAUCAUCGUCAAACAGGUAUUCAAUCGUUCUUCGCUCCCAUCUCAGCGGUUCAUCCCGCCACAACGAAGGAAAGAAUGGUCGAUACCUACCUCGAUCCAACGACCACCACAGGAGGAGAAGUGGCUUUGAAUUUGGACGAAGAGACUAUCCGGUGGCUUAGAGCUUAUCCAUCCGACGAAGAAUUACUACCCCUAAUAGCCGAUCUGAGAAAAGGCAAAUACCACACACAUCCUCAUUUCUUGUUGUCGGAUAUAGGAUUAUUAUAUCUACGUCCUCCCCCCGGAGGUGAUGAGGAAGAAAGUGCUUUGCUGGUUCCUCCUAAAGGUGUUAUACGAUUAGAGUUAUUGCAGGAUGCCCAUUUGGAUUAUCAUCCGCACGAGGGAGGAACACUGGACGAUCGAGGACUGGAAGCUCAUAAUGGAUUGGAAAUCAUGAUUCAAUCAUUGAAUCAGAAUUUCUGGUGGAACGGUAUGGAAAUUGAUUGUAAGGAGUUUAUAGAAAAUUGUCAAUUCUGUUUUGAGAGGUUGAGAGAGGAGAAUGGGAGGCUGAAUAAGGUUUUUCAGAUGGAUUAG